ACAAACUAUCGAGAUUGUAUAAACGGAGCUGCCUGAAAGCUUACUGGGUGGAUCCUAGCUUGUUCGGAAUCCGGUUACGACUACCCGAUCGGCAUCUAGUUCAUAGCUUCAAGGAUGGGCGUCUUUGAGGAAGAUCUCUUCGAAUUCUCGUUCGAACACCAUGGACACUGUCCAAGAGAAUACAACAGGGAUCAUCAGUUCGCUCCGAAUAAAUCAGCCUUCACCACUCAUCCGCUUCUGGGCGAACGAUGGAAGGAUUUUCAGCCGGAACUAGGUUCGAGCUCGAGAAACGCUUCUGGUCCUGGGCAGCUACCAGUCCCCAACGAAAGCACAGCCGAACCAGCCGGUUCGGCAUCGAUCAGCCAGUCGACUGCCCCAGAACCGAGCCGCGUUCAUUCGGCACCACAGCUUCGCCAUGCUGAUCAGGAGGAUCGAUCAAAGCUGAAACGCACUCUCGCCGUAACGGAGGUUCUUACCCCUACGAAAAAACUGAAAACCGAAAGUCAUACGGAAACAGCUUCGCCCUCAGGAGUCGAGGUCGACCAGGAGUACCGAUCCCAAUGUACGACCAGAUUCGAUCCGAGAUUCUUGACGAUCCAAGUUAAGGAUGGAUCAUCACUCACCUCGGAUCGCUUGGACACUCAUGUUAAGAAGUUUGAAAAGAGCACACCGCUUCGGGAUUGCCAGCGGCUCCUGUUUCGCCAAACGCUCAAGCAACCGAAGGAGAGCGCUUAUUCAGAUCUCCUCGUGCCGCUUUUGGAAUUCGUUGGAAACCUGUUCUACGGCGGCCAUGCUAGCGGCGUGGUAGAGAAUGGCGGUCAUAUACUCAAAAAGGAUGACCAAUUGUCAAGCGACGAUGCUCAUCUCGACUGGAAGAAAGGCGAGUCCGACUGCAAGCCUGACAUCGUCAUCACGCAAGGAGAAAGGAACGAUAGAGAGCGAAACAGAGUCAUAAAAGAAUUCGAGCACUUGCGCACCUUUCGCCUGGCCAAACGUACCAUCGAAAUCAAACGUCUUCCCAGAGCAGAGUUCGCGAGCCAUUACCCGCCGACUUCAAACGAAAAUACGGUACCUCGGGUAAUGAAAUAUCUAGGUGCUACUGUGAGAAACCGUCCGCUAUCGGGAAGAGUCUUUGCCUUGAGCAUCUGUGGUCCUGCGGUACGGUUAUGGACUGCAGACGCAUCCAGCUUCGCGUCAUCGCGAGUGUACAGCCUACUCGAACCCAAGGAUUACCGAGAACUCUUGAUAAUCCUGGCGUUCUUCCUCUAUCCCGGAGAUCGAUACGAUCAGCGCUGGACGCCGUCCCGGAAGUUUCGAACACGCUGCCAUCAGACGAAUCAGACGGAGGACGUCCAAGUCGGGCCCGCCACUCUACUUGAGGUCAGGUCGCCGCUAUUUGGAUCACGCACGACGGUUUGGAGAGCCGAGCAGAUGGGCGCGAACUCGCCCCAGCCUUCCGCUCCUCCAGUGCAGCCAGGACUGCCGUUAGGCACAAACGAUGUCUCCGAAACUGGCACCUCGGACCGGAGGAGGAGCGCCCGGAUCGUCUCCUCACAGGGGCCAAUCAGGUCGGAAUCGCUUGACAAAGACGAAUAUGUCAUUAAAGCGACAUGGCUCACCCCAGACCUCGUUCAUCAUGAGGAAACGAUGCUCCAUCUUUUACAUACAGGGGCGGCCGUUUCCUUGCAGCCGCUUGCGUCGAGCUGUGUGUCGGAACAGGUUAGAAGCCACAUUCCCAAACUGGUUGGGACGGUCGAAGAUGAGAAACUGAAGGAAUGGGCGACAGUGGAGAUCGUGGGCCAGGAUGCAGCGGAACCCGCACGUCCCCCGCUUCACCUAUCUAUCUUGGUAACGACAUGCCGCAUUGGCAGGAGGUUGCCCAUGGUCGUAUUGACAACCGACAGGUUUAGUUACCGCAACUAUGGUCAAGUCUUCCUCGGCAUAGUCGAGUGCCUUUGGUUCUCCGCGAGCAAAGGAAUACACUACCGCGAUCUCAACCUAGGAAACGUGAUGUGGCGCUGGCUCCCGGACGGCAAGACGGUCAUAGCGUGGCUUGUCGAUUGGGGAAAUGCUCGUUACCUGCAAGCACCCCGUGCGGCCUCGAGUCGCGAGAGGACCUUGCACGAGACCAUCAAGCUGGCAGAGGACGAUGGUAGAUCGGCCAACCCAUAUUUUCAAUCGUUGCCGUGUGCCGGUGCCAGAAAAUUAAGGGAUGAUUACAUGAGACUAGCUUCAGAUUAUUCGAACGCCGAGGAGACAGCUAGAACCAAAGGUAUCGACCCAAGGGUCUACAAACCUUGCAUUCACAUUCAAAGGAAUAUCCAGCGCAAACUCGACGAAGCGAGACGAGCCUCGCACCGAUACAUAGACGAUUUACAAUCUCUGAUCUUCCUGAUCUGUUACGUUAUGAGUCUUAAGCUAAAGAAGGAAGACAUCGUCUUCGAUAUGGAGGAACUUCUGGAUCUGGAGAAAAAGAAGGAAGAAUGGAAUGCUGGUUGCGUCAACGUCCGUAAUAGUCCGAAAGCCUUAGACUUCAGGAUACCGGCCUGAUGGAUUCCCUUCUUGCAGCUGGCAGCCAAUCUGGACGACAACGGCCUCGGCGCCCCUACGUCCGCCUGGUGCACCUUCAUCAAGGAAUCAGCCAAGCUGGUGCGGGAUGCUCGAACCGCUUUGGAUCACCUGAGUGACAUCCCGGACCAGAUGCACGAAAUCGAGAACCAGUGCUUUUAUGACCUACACGUUUUGACGAAAGCGACCCUAGACGACAUGUCUGAAGUAGUUUUGGGAUGAUUUCUU